AUGGAUGGUACCACCAGCUCUGAACUCCCCCCUGGCUUUAGGUUUCACCCAACGGACGAGGAACUAAUCGUGUAUUACCUUUGCAACCAAGCCACAUCAAAGCCAUGCCCUGCUUCUAUCAUCCCAGAAGUUGAUCUCUACAAGUUUGAUCCAUGGGAACUGCCAGAUAAAACAGAAUUUGGAGAAAAUGAAUGGUAUUUCUUUAGUCCACGAGACAGGAAGUACCCAAAUGGGGUGAGGCCUAACCGAGCAACAGUGUCCGGGUAUUGGAAGGCUACUGGCACGGACAAGGCAAUCUAUAGUGGAUCUAAGCUUGUUGGGGUGAAGAAAUCUUUAGUAUUUUACAAAGGUAGACCACCAAAGGGUGACAAGACUGAUUGGAUUAUGCAUGAGUAUCGAUUGGCUGAAUCAAAAAAACCAGCUAGCAGGAAAAUAGGGUCCAUGAGGCUGGAUGACUGGGUCCUGUGCAGGAUUUAUAAGAAGAAGAGCAUGGCAAGAACAAUGGAGCACAAAGAGGCACACCCAAAGGUUCAAAUAACUAAUCUUUUAGCUGCAAAUAAUGAUGAACAGAAAAUGAUGAUGAACCUUCCCAGGACUUGGUCCCUCACAUACCUUUUGGAUAUGAAUUAUUUGGGUCCAAUUUUAUCUGAUGGCUCCUACAGUUCAUCCUUUGAUUUUCAAAUUAACACCGCCAAUAUUGGAGUAGAACCCUUUGUAAAAUCUCAACCGGUUGAAAUGACCAACAAUUAUGUAGCAGAUUCAGGGAAAUACUAA